UAAGCUGGACUCAGGCAUGCCUGUGGCGAAUAAUUGUUUUACCGCAUUCAACAGUGUUUCUAAGCAAGGGGCGAAAGUCAAGGCAUUAUCGGUGGGCGCUUGGUGACACAAAAGCGGGUAUGGCGAUACGACACGGUAAUGCCGUUUAUCCUUUACGAAUGCGGGUAAUUUAAGGCAUUGAAGUGAGCUAUUACGAGCCUAAUGUGAAACCAUCUCACCAGUGUUUUCGACGAUGAUGCCGACUUGCACACUUUUGCCAUGGAGCUGCAAGCUUUCGGUGUUGAUAUGAAAACACGAAAUUACAGUAGGAGCGACGUUUGGAGUCACAAAACCCUUUUCAGGGGGAAAUAAAGUAAACCAUCGGCAGCUAUAAAGUGAAAACAUUUUUUUUUUUUUUUUAACUCGAACCUAUAUGUGGAUUGAUUUUUUUCCCCUCCUCUCUCUUCUCAGCAUUCCCUCAGUCAGUCGGAUUUUUGCCAUUGCAGCUCAGUAGAGGGUGUCAGAUCUUUCUAAGAGCACCGCGCUAGGAUGAACACAGUCUCCGGGUUUCUCUCUUUGUGAUUCAAAAUCACCCGAAAGGAAAGCGGUGGGAACGAGCAAAGCAAGACGCCGAAAGAUGUGAGGGGGAAUGCGGAUUUUUUGCAGCGCUGUGAUCGCCACUAAAUCUCCAGCGCAGGGUGUGAAUUCAGCACCAGGGGAGAGGGAACAGCUCCCGACGCCGCAACACGCAGCACGACCGAGGAGAAAAAGGCACGGAUUUGUUAAUUUUGCCAAGGUCAGUCUUUAACAAACUAAAAGCCAAAUGAUGUGUUGGACACUGCUGCCGCUCGCUGUUUUUGAUUAUUAUCAUAAACAUGCGGAGGCUCUGAGGAUUCGGUCGAUGUGAAUGAGACGUUUAUGUGGUCAUUUCCAAACUGGAAGUCUGGACACAAGAGAGCAGGUUAGAUGCAGCAUGGAUCUGUUAUAAAAGACUGCCUUAUCUUCUCCCAGACCUAAAUGUCUAUCUCCCUUUUUCUUGAUAUUGAUGUAGACAAAUUUCACAGCUCGUAUGUCUUGAAACCGGGAAUGAAUUGUUCACGUUGAAAAAUGCUGCUUUGGAUUGUUCUACUGAAUGCGGCUCUUUGUGUUGCUAGUGGAAAUGUUACAAGGGACAUUUGUAAGGAGCAGAUAUGCUCUUGCAACGAGAUAGAGGGAGAUCUGCACAUAGACUGCGAAAAAAGGAGCUUCACCACUCUGCAGCAUUUGACUGGCCCCAGCUCUCAGUUUUAUCACUUGCUGUUGCACGGGAAUUCUCUAUCCAGGCUAUUUCCCAACGAGUUCGCCAACUUUUACAAUGCUGUGAGCCUGCAUUUGGAAAACAAUGGCUUGCACGACAUUGUCCCCGGCGCCUUUCUGGGAUUGCAGCUGGUGAAAAGGCUGCACAUCAAUAACAAUAAGAUAAGAUCGUUCAGGAAGAGUACAUUUCUGGGGUUAGACGACUUGGAAUAUCUCCAAGCCGAUUUUAAUCUAUUGAGGGAUAUUGACCCCGCCGUUUUCAGGGACCUAAAUAAACUUGAAGUGUUAAUACUUAACGAUAACCUCAUCAGUGCGCUACCUAUAAACGUGUUUCAACAUGUGCCCAUUACGCAUCUCGACCUGCGGGGAAACCGAAUCAAAACGUUGCCUUAUGAGGGGAUCCUUGAACAAAUACCGGGUAUUGCGGAGGUUUUGUUGGAGGACAACCCGUGGGACUGUAACUGCGACCUGGUUUCUCUUAAGGAAUGGCUGGAAAACAUACCGCAUAACGCGCUUAUUGGGAGGGUAAUAUGUGAGGCUCCGACCAGACUGCAGGGGAGCGACUUAAACGAGACGUCAGAAGCGGAUCUGUGCCCUUCAAAGAACGGCGGCGUGGACACCAGCCUGGUAGCCCCUCCCACCCAGGACGAGAUCUCGGAGGCCGUGGCCCCCGGCCCGCGUCCGACGCCUUACAAGCUCAACGGAGACGCCAGUGGGCCCCCGACGCCUGGGGGCCACGGACCCAAGAGCCGCUCCAAAUCUCGUGAGAACUGGCAGCUGAAAACGAAGCCUACUCCCGUGCUGACAGGUGUGAACGGGGACAGAGAGCAGCUGCACAACAUGACGUGCCCCCAGUCCUGCAACUGCAAGCUGGUCGGCUCCAGACAGGGGCUGGGGGUCAACUGUGAGGGGAAGAAGAUCGAGAGCCUCUCCAAUCUUAAACCCAAACCCUUGGUCGCCCACGAGUUGAACAUGCGAGAUAACAACAUCCAUGCUGUCAAAAAGAACCAGCUGCUUGGCUACUCCAGCCUCAACCUGCUUGAUUUGGGUGGAAACAACAUCAAGGUGAUCGACAACAGCACUUUUCAGAACCUGACCGAGCUGAGGUGGCUGUAUUUGGAUAAGAACUAUCUGGAUACUGUGAUGGCAGAGAUGUUUGUGGGCCUUCUGAAUCUGGAAUAUCUCAGUUUGGAAUACAACGAUAUCCAGCUCGUCGUGGCAGGUGCAUUCAGCCCCAUGCCAAAUCUGAGGGUUUUGUUCCUCAACAACAACUUGCUGAAAUCUUUACCUGUGGAUGCUUUUCUUGGGAUUUCUUUAUCCAAAAUUAGUCUGCAUAAUAAUUAUUUCACCUAUCUCCCAGUGGCUGGCGUAUUAGACCAGCUCAAUUCAAUCAUUCAGAUUGAUCUGCACGGGAAUCCGUGGGAUUGCUCAUGCAACAUCGUGCCCUUCAAACAGUGGACGGAGAAACUCGGGGCUGAUGUGAUAGUGAGCGAUCUCAAGUGCGAGUCCCCAGAAGAGUUUUGGAAACGAGAUUUUCGCCUCGUCCGAAACGACCGCAUGUGCCCCAAACUCUAUGACGGAAUCUCCCCCACCUCCCUGUCCAAAAACAGCACUUUCACCCUGGACUCGGGGACGCGCUCAAACUCUUACCUGGAGCCAAACAGGGUCUCCAUCUCAGUGCUCGUCCCCGGGUUGCUGUUGGUGUUUGUCACGUCUGCUUUCACUGUUGUAGGAAUGCUUGUGUUUAUUUUGCGGAACCGCAAGAGAUCAAAGCGGAGGGACGGGAACUCCUCCGCCUCGGAGAUCAAUUCCUUACAGACAGUGUGCGACUCGUCUUAUUGGCACAGCGGGCCUUACCACGCAGACGGGGGCGCGCACCGGGGCUUCGACUGCAGCGCGCACCUCUCCACGACAAACGAUGCGUAAAAGGACUCUGCUAUAGUCUAGUACAGUAAGCCUAUACCAGACUGGAUUACAAACAGUCAAACAGACAGACUGACGUAUACAAGUGACUAAAAACGGCGAGAUUCCGAGCCUCUUCAUUCGCUUUCUUUACGUUCUAGACGUACACAGACUUGUUUAUGUUUUGUUUUCUCCAGUUGAACCAAGUAAGUCAGUCUGCUGCACAGGCCCCAUAAUGUAAUAUAUGUAUAUGCCAA